AGGCUUUGGUGAUAUUGAUAUGGUUUGAACACCCGUGUAUAAACCAUUAGCAAAAACAAAAGUAGCCAGAACCCUCACAGUGGGAUACACAUGAGCAUUUCUUAAAACCAGCUAAAGAGAAAUGAUUGCUACAGAGGAGUGGAAGGGACAAGAAAGGACAUGUUUGGAAGUGUAAAAAGAGCAAGAUUGCCGCAGGAAGGAGGAAGUGAGGUAGAGAGGGAGGUUUGUGUGUAUGUGCUUGUCGGGAGAGAUUGCGUGUGUACAAUCUAAGUGUGUCUUGUGUGUGCGUGUGUGUGUGUGUGUGUGCGUGCGUGUGCUUGUGUGUGUGGAAACUGACCUUUCAUAUGAAGAAGAAUGUCUCUCAAGCUGCCUCGGAACUGGGACUUCAGCACCUUCAGAGCUGAAACAAAUAAAAUAGCACGGUCCAAAAGUGUGAUGCCAGGGGAAGCGGGCCCGGGGUCAUGCCGACCAGGUUCGCCCAGAUCUGCGGAGCGGCCGCUGAAGACCGGCUGGCUGAAGAAGCAGAGGUCCAUUGUUAAGAACUGGCAGCAACGCUACUUUGUGCUGAGAGGACACACCUUGUACUACUACAAGGAUGAUAAGGACAAUGCCCUUCAGGGUCACAUCUCAUUGACGUCCAGCCAAGUGAAUGAGCUGCCUGCGAAUGCAGAUGAUCCUGGGAAGUUCCUGUUUGAAAUAACCCCAGGCAGCGGUGGGGAUCGUGAGCGGGACUCUUAUGUCCUCAUGGCAAACUCACAGAAUGAGAUGGAGGAGUGGGUUCGAACCAUUCGCAGGGUGAUCGGAACAUCCUCUGGUGGAGCAGUGUUUGGAAAGAGUCUGGGUGACACAGUUACGUACGAGCAGAGGUUCGGCUCCCACCUCGUGCCCAUCCUGGUGCAAAAGUGUGCAGAGUUCAUCCGUGAGCACGGGCUGAGCGAGGAGGGCAUCUUUCGACUGCCGGGACAGGACAACCAGGUCAAACAAUUCAGGGAUGCCUUCGACGCUGGAGAGAGGCCCUCCUUUCCCAGUGACACAGAUGUCCACACAGUGGCGUCAUUGCUCAAGCUGUACCUGCGUGAGCUGCCUGAGCCUGUGAUACCCUGGGCUCAGUACCAAGACCUCCUGGACUGCAGUCAUGAGCUCGAUCCGAAGAGUUCGCUGGGUCGGGACAAGCUGGAAAAGCAGAUUGCCCUGCUCCCCAGAGCCAACUACAACCUACUCAGCUACAUUUGCAGGUUUUUGUAUGAAGUACAGCAAAAUUCCAAGGUGAACAAAAUGAGUGUGGAGAACCUGGCCACUGUCUUUGGGGUUAAUCUACUGAAGCCUCAGAUAGAGGACCCCAUCACAAUGAUGAAAGGUACGCCACAGAUUCAGAAGCUGAUGACAGUAAUGAUCCGGCAGCACGAGGAACUCUUCCCCCCCUCAAAAGAUGUGGCUCCAUCACCCCCAUCCAAAAAGUCUGACAGUAAGAAGCCCAGCGUCCCGCGCAGCUUUGUUGGGUGGGAUGCAGCAGAGAGUGAAACCUCCCCUCUGUCUGAGUCCCCUGAGGAGGACGGGACAUUGGGAACUGAGGCAGGGGAUGGUGAGGGGUCAGAGUUCAUGCCAGUCACGCAGGCGUUGAGCCGGCCCCCCUCCUCGUCCGCCGUGGACCCGUGGAUGGGGAGCCCGAGGAAGCGCACGCAGACGCUCCCCUCCAGUACCUCGCCCUGUCCUAGUGCACGGAACAGCUGCGGGCUGACUCACCAGGGCAGCCUGCGGGAGCCGCCCUCCAGUCCCCCGCUCCACGCGCCGGAUGGCGAUGGCGAGAAAAGAACUCUCUCCGAGGACAUCUUCAAAAUCCUGGACCUGCAGAGGGUCUCGCUCUUCAAGGGGACUCGCGGCAACGACGGUGACAAGGCGGAGAAGGGCAGGGAGGUGAAAGAUGGGGAGGGCUGGGUGUCUGGGAGAAAAGCAGAUGAUGUGGUGACCGCCCAGCCUCCUGAAGCCACCAAACCCACCAAACCCACCAAACCCAGCCGCAUUGGCAUCAGCUGCGUCAGCAGCAGCAGCAGCAGCAGCCCCCCCCAGGCCCAGCGUGACACAUCCCAGGAGGAGAGGACAGAGGGCAGCUCAGACAGAGCUUCCAGCCCAGAGGGCAAGGCGAGAAGCCUAGGAGACAACAAGGGAACAUCUGAAGAGCUCAUUAACAGCCUGCAGCAGAAGAACAGAGAGCUCAGCGCUAGGGUGGCUGAGCUGCAGACUGCGCUGGACGCCGAAAAGCGCUGUGUGGCAGCACUGGAGAUCAGGCUGCGCAAUGCUGAGCGUAGCCGGGACGAGGCCCAGAGGCGCAACCAGGAGCUGGACAGAGAAAUACAGGAGUUUCUUACCAGGGCACCUUCUGGGCCCCCAUAGGGCACCUGCACACCCAGAACCCUGAACUCCCAAAGAGACAGAAUGGGGAGUGGAUAGUCACCAAGGCCCCCGGCACUUAUCCCACACCCCUAAUGCCGAAUGGUGGAGGUCCACAAGUGUCUGCUUCUAGAAGUAUUUUACAUUCCAUACCCUAAAUCUUGAGUUCCAUGGCUGCUCAGUGUAAACUGGGGUCUGCAAAUACCUCUCAUAAUAUCUUCCAGAAUGUACUAGGUCUGCAUGUGACCAUACAUAGCAUGGAUACAGAUUAAAUGCCUCCAUAGUUUGUGAUAUGCUAAAUAGUGUCUACAUACUUGAUCUCAGUUUGGGAUUCUAUUCCAUAUCCACUAUACCUGUAUAUGCCAGGAAGCCCUUCCUUUUGUAAAUUCCAGCUCUGGGGUUUUCAGUGGUUUUAUUACUUUUUCAUGCAUGGGAUAACAGCCCAGAGAAAUGCUUUUGUAUCCCUGGUUGUUAUUUUACACACUGAUAAUAAUCAGUAGACUUAACCACUGCUCUGUCUUGCUUUACUGCCCUUUUAACUCCAAAUAAAAACAGCACUGCCAUCAGUGGUAGUAAUUAGUCACAAUAAAAAAGGAGAACUGAACAAUGGAUUGCAAAGUAGUGAACAUUUUAAAUUAAUAGAUAUUGUCUAAAUAAGAUGCCUUUAUGCCAUCUGUAGACCCAUGGAAAUAUAAUUCCUGAUUUAUGGAGAUUGUAAACCACCCAGGCAUGACUGAAUACAGGUUUUUAACAAAAAUGAUUGCACGUUUGACUGAAAUGAAGGAUACAGACUGAUGUAUAUGUAAUGGGAGGUUGAACAUUUCAGAUAUCAAUAUUGAAUGUCAGCAAGACAUAAUUUAUGUUAGUUUUGUAUUCAAAUUGAACAUUU